AUUCACUGUUCCUCCUCCGGACCAGCAAGAUGAGUUUUACGGUGGACCACCACUACUAUGGCCCGGCGUCAUACCGCAAGGCUCGGCCAGCCUCCCUCUCCUCUUCCGGCUUUCAAUCUCAGCGCCGUCGUACAGUCAGCAGCCAGCCGUCCUCUACAGACAGCGUGGAUGUCUUUACCGGGGACAUGUCGAGAAGGAACGAGAAGGAGGUUCUUCAGACUCUAAACGACCGGUUCGCGGGCUACAUUGACAAGGUGCGAAACCUCGAGAUGCACAACAGGAACCUGGAGGCAGAAGCCGCAGAGCUGAGGCAGAACCAGGCUGGACGCGCGUCUGUUGGAGAGCAUUACGAUCGCGAGCUGGGUGAUCUGAGGGGUCUGGUGCAGCAGCUGACCGGUGAGAAAGCUCGUGCGGUCCUGGAGCACGAGCAUCUGGAGGAGGACAUCCAGAACAUGCAGGCUAAACUGGAGGACGAGGCACGCACCCGCGAGGAGAUGGUGGCCGCUACGCGGGCCAUGAACAAGUAUGUGGAUGAGUGCGGUCAUGCCCGGCUCGAGCUGGACAAGAAGCUUUGCGCACUUCAAGAAGAGUCCGCCUUCCUGAAGAAGAACCACGACGAGGAGGUUGCAGAACUUCUUGCGCAAAUUCAAGGCGCCCAGGUGAACUUCGAGGUUCGAGACACUCUCAAAGCAGACGUCACGAGCGCACUGAGGGAGAUUCGCGCGCAGCUGGACGGACACGCAACAAAGAGCGCAACACAAGCUGAGGAAUGGUUCAAAGUGCGCAUGCAGCGUCUGUCGGAGGCCGCGCACGACAACACCGAGGCGAUCCGCGGCGCCCAGGACGAGAUCUCCGAGUACCGGCGCCAGCUUCAGAGCCGCACCAUCGAGCUGGAGACCCUGCGAGGAACCAAGGAGUCUCUGGAGAGGCAGCGCAUGGACACUGAGGACAGACACAACGGAGAUCUCAACUCCAUGCAGGAGACUAUCCACCAGCUGAGCAAUGAGUUGAAGAGCACCAAGUGGGAGAUGGCCAGCCAGUUGAGGGAGUACCAGGAGCUGCUCAAUGUGAAGAUGGCUCUGGACAUCGAGAUCGCUGCCUACAGGAAGCUGCUGGAAGGCGAGGAAACUCGUUUCGUUUCGGGAAUGGGGCCGUACUCCUACCUGAAGCUGAAGGGAGAAGAGAUGUCCGACACGGUGAUCCUGGAGGAGCAGACUGACGAGACUCAGGUGACGGAGGUGACGGAGGACGCAGAAGAGGGGGAUGACGAGGGAGAGGCAGGAGAGGACGAGGGAGAGAAGGAGGGAGAAAAGGAGGAAGGAGGUGAGGAAGAGGGUGACGAGACCAAAGCAGAAGGAGAGGGUGAGGAAGAGGGUGACGAGACCAAGGAGGAGCAGGCCGAGGGAGCUGAAGAGGAGGAAGAGGGAGGUGACGAGGGGAAGGAAGAGGACGACAAGUCAAAGUCGCCUGAGAAGGCAGCCUCACCUCCAUCCAAGUCACCCGCCAAGUCUCCAGCAGUCAAAUCCCCAGAAUCCAAGUCCCCUAAAUCCAAGUCACCUCCAUCCAAAUCACCUAUGCCAAAAUCGCCUGCCAAGUCUCCAGCAGUCAAAUCACCAGCGCACGACAAGUCAAAAUCCCCAGAAUCCAAGUCCCCCGCUGUCAAAUCGCCCGAGUCCAAAUCUCCGCAGCCCAAGACCCCCGAGCCCAAGACCCCUGAGCCCAAGACCCCCGAGCCCAAGUCCCCCGUCACCAAAGACCCCCCAAAGGAGGAGAAGAAAGAGCAAGUGAAGGAGGAGGAGAAAGAGAAGCAGGACCCUAAGAGCAAGGUCGAGGACAAGGCUGACAAACAAGACGCGAAGAAGGAGAAGAAGCCAGAGGAGAGUGACAAACCGGCCAAGCCUGAAGAGGACAAGCCCAGCCCCAAGUCCCCGGCCAAAGCCAAGAAAGAAGAGGAGAAAUCUGCUCCUCCGAAAACAGACGAGCCCCCGACCGAGGUGAAGCCCGCCCCUAAAGCGGCCACGCCCGAGAAGGCGGAGAGCAAGAAAGAGGAGAAGAAACCUGAGGCCAAGAAGGAGGAGAAGAAGGAGGAGAAGAAGGAGGAGAAGAAGGAGGAGAAGAAGGAGGAGAAGAAGGAGGAGAAGAAGGAGGAGAAGAAGCCGUCCCCCAAAGCGGCCGACAGCAAGGACGCAGGGAAGACGAUCGAGAAGUCUUCCAUCACGGAGGCCAAGGAGAGCAAAGAGGAGAAGGCCAAGAAGUGAGUCCGAGAUGAUGCGUUUGGAUUCGGGCUUGAGGGCCAAUCAGCGGUGGGUGGGGUUGGGGGGGGGGAGCAUAUCAGCAGCCUUUUAUCUCAAGAGCAGGUGGGCCAAAGCCAAGCAGGGUGACAAUCCUGUGCAUAAGCAAUAGUGAUCCUUAGCAAAUAAUACUUGAAAUAAAUACUUGAUGUACCUUGACAUGACGCUUCUAAAGUUUGACUAGUGAAUGCAGAAAGCUGUUAAAACUCUUCCCUGAAUGUGACGACUGCCUGUAUAUUGUUCUCAUAAAAAGUGCAUUUCAACCGACUCCUUGUGAGUGAGGAGGGGUGUGUAGAGGUACACAAUGUCAAAAGAAAACUAUAGAUUGUGUGACAAAAUUAUAUAUUACAUAUGUAUGUAUAUUUAUGAAGAGAUAGAUCAAACGUGUUAUAUUCUAUUUAUGAUUAUGAAUCGGUUGAACGACUGAACUUUGCUUGUUGUGCACUGCAGAUUACCCUGAGGUGCUCCAUGCUAGGCUGUACCUGCACACGAUGAUGACUGUAUAAACUGCUGAGAAAAUGUAACAUGAAACUGACAAAUAAUAAUAAAGGUUGCAACAAAAAGG